GGUGUACUGGGAUACACCGACACCCGUUUGCAUUGACUCAAAAUACCAGUAGGCCCUGUAUUUAAACCGUCACAAAUAUUUCAUUUUUGUCUACGGCAGGCUUUGCCAUUAAUCUCGUUCUUGCAGUGUAUGGGAAAACAACAUGGAAGUUUGGCCAUUAGCGUUGGGAUUGUUGUUUGUGGUGCUGGUGGUGGUCACCACUAUACUCUUCACGGAUCGUUUGUUUGUCAACAUCACUGGUAAAUAUGUCCUCAUCACUGGAUGCGACAGCGGCUUUGGCAACUUACUUGCCCGUCGUCUCGGCGAAAAACGGGGCUGCCAUGUGAUUGCUGCCUGCCUGACAGAAGCUGGAAGGACUGCGCUUGACAGUGUGACGUCAUCAAAUGUAACCACUAUCUUCAUGGAUAUCAGAAACAGCGACAGCAUUCAAAGAGCACGCGAUCGAGUAAAGAGUAUUAUACCAAGAGGCGAAGGACUGUGGGGACUAGUCAACAAUGCCGGAAUUAUAUCCGCCUUGGGUCUUCCUCACUGGCACACGAGACAAGAGGUAACUAACGUAAUGGAAGUCAACCUCCUGGGCACGAUUGACGUCACCAACACUUUCUUCCCGCUGGUAAGGGAGGCACGAGGCCGGGUCGUCAACGUCUCCAGCGGAGUGGCGCUGUUUCCCACCGCGGGGAGCUACUACGCGGUGUCCAAGGCUGGGGUGGAGGCCUACUCGGAUUUUAUAAGGGCGUCUAUGCAGCUAUCUGGAGUAUCUGUGCAUAUCAUUGAGCCUGGUUCUUUUAAAAGUUCGUUUGUCAACCCGCAAACAACAAAAGACUUGCUGAAGAAGCUUUGGUACAGGCUACCCUUAGAAGAACGUCAGGAUUUUGGUGGCGAGAAGGCCUAUAAAGCACUUGAACUAACCAUGUCACAAGCUUUGGAAAUGGCGUCUUCCGACCUGCACCUAGUCACGGAUGCCAUGGAGCAUGCGCUGAGUGCCAGGUUUCCAUGGCGACGAUACUUGCCCGGUUUGGAAGCCAAGUUAUUUUACAAAGUUUUCUCGCUCUUACCCGCCUUUUUCACUGAUUUUGUCUUCGCCUUGGGGCUCAAUUUCCUCUUGAAAAGAAAUAUGAAGACUUCUAAUUCUGUCACAUAAAACGUGAAUGGUCAUUUUGUUUUUGGAUGCAGUCCUCUAAACUAGUUUAUGUUCCAGUAACUAAAUUAAGAAGUGAUAAUAGACUGCAAGAGAAGUGUAAAAUCUCAUAAUGAAAAGCGUAUUAUGGAUUCAAGUAAAGAUUUUGUAUUAUAAAUUAUGACUAGUUUCAUGAAAUGUUUCUCUUAUUCCCAAACUGAAAAAAAUAAAUAAACCUAUUAGCAUAGCAUUAUUCAUACGUGAACAUCUAUGAAGCAAUCCAUGCUUUAAAGUUUGGUAUAUUCCAGACUAACAGUUACUUUCAGUUGGAAUAGAAAGUUAUUUGGUGUUAGAAAUGACAAAUAGUUGAAAAUUGUUUCAAUUAGCAAAUGAAAACCACGGGUAAAAUAGUCCUCAUGAAGUAUGGCCGAAUGAGAUGUCUGUUCAUUAUUUUUGCAUUCUUGUAUGCCUCUCAUUUUUGUGUUAUGUUUUCCGUUUGUAGGAUCAGGGGUUAGGGAAUGCAAAAUAUCCGCACUUAGGGUGAUAAAAGUGGGCAGGAGGGUCAAAAUAACGCGUGGACUUUUUAAUUUUUGAAAUUUUUUUAGUUAACGUGGUAUCUUAACUUCUUUUUUUACCCAUUUGUUGAUUGUGUCAUCUUUUAUUGUAAAUCCUGUGCAAUUUGACUACGAGACAUGAGUUUCAGUAAACCAAGAAUGAGUGAAUGACAAUCUAACACGGUAGCUAUUGGAUUUUAUUAAUUAUUUUAGUGGCCUAUUGUCGAAAAAGAGAGUUUGGGGAUUAAAAGGUCUUAAUUCGAACGUAGACUGAAAUCAAAUGAAAGUUCAGACACUGUCCUAUUUUGUCACUUAUAUAGAAACAAAUACAUGUCCCUUUAAACUCCAUCAAAUACAAAUGAACGUCGCCCGGCACGCAAGCAAUGAAUAAUGAACAAAUUCUACACUCGAACGGGCAGGUAUAAUUGUAUUUCAUUAUACAAAUUGGAAAGGUUCGCCACAUUUCGUUCAGUCAAAUCCGAGGUCGAGCAUUAAGUUAAUGAGAAAAUGAGACUAGCUUUUUCAGUCACCUAUCAGAAAUGUGCUGGUAUUAGUAACAUUUAAUAAUGCAUUGUAAUUAUUUUUGGAUUUUAUGAAGCACUCACAGCUGGAAAAUACUCAGGUUUUUAAACAGCCUUCAUGGUGCCGCUGUUUAUUCUACUUGGGCUUUUAAACAUGGCUAUUAACUGCAAGUGCAAUCCUAGUUGGUUAAAAACAGUGAAGAGUGACUGAUCGUUUGUCUUAUACGUCAGAUAUGUCCAUCAUUAAAUCUGAAGUUUUUGAUAGAUAAAUCAUAAAAAUUGUGGGGUUUGGGUGUGUUUUUUUUAGGUUUUUUUUUUGUUUUGCAUCUUGCACAGUCUGCUAUUAGACUA